AUGACUGAUUAUUCCAUAACCAUUGACUCCAUACCGGUAAUACCACUAAGAGAUAGCCUUCCUAGGUUACAUACCCCACUAACUAAUAAUCUUCAUAGUAUUCAUUCUGUGACGCCAAAUAAGUAUCAUAGCAUAGAUAAACAAAUAUACCCAACUCAUUCUCAGUGGAUAGAUUCACCAAUAAAUUCUCCAAGUCCUGUUAAAAUGUCUGUUACUGUUACUGAAGAAUCUAAAGUGGAACCUAAAUUUGAAACUCCCGUGAGGUCAAAGUUCCAAUCUUACAUAACUCCCAUAACUGAUGGGAAGAAUAAAUUUGACGAAAAGAUUGAUCUUGUGAAAGAACAAAAACCUAAGGACAUUAAAGAAGUUAAAGAAAUCGCCAAUGUGUCUUCUAUUGACAUCCUUUUUGCCAUGAUAAAUAAUCUUACAGGUAAAGAUAAAUUGGCUAAAGUUGGUCAAUACCUUUUAAGAUUACUUCUUUAUCAUGCUAACCAAACCAAAGAAUAUCUUUCUGAUGAUAGUAUAAAUAUCGAUAUUAUAAAUGGGAGGUAUAAUGAUAGAACCAAAAAAUUGAAUUUAUUGAGGAAUUUCAUCAAACAUCCUUUUGAUUUUGCUAAAAUCGUAGUUAUACUUUUCUGUUCAAGAUUCAAUGAUAGAUUCAAAGGUAUGGUUAACGGAUUAUCAACAUAUAGACAAUUUUUAAGAUUUGGUAAAACUCCUUUCCGUAUAAGAGAUCUUUAUCAUAAGAUGCAAAAAGUUCAAAAAUCAGGUAAUUUUAAUGAACUCUUGACCAGAAAAUUCUUAGGUGAACUUAUUGGUUUUUAUUACGGUAUCAAUGAUGAAUGUUUAUUGAUGUUCAAAUUGGGGAUUUUAACUAACAAAAGUGUCCGUAAAGUUGUUGGUAGACAUGAAUCUUUAGCAUGGUAUUACGAUUCCAUUUUGGGUAUUUAUAAUGCUGUGGAUAAUAUUAAUAAAUUAUCACAAAAGGAAAUGGACUUAAAUAUCCAAAUUCAAGUUAAAAACAAAGCUAGAAGUUUAUCUAAACAAAUUUUGGGUCAUAGAAAUGAAUCCAAUAAUAUUCUUAUAAACUAUUAUAAUGAAAAUUCCAGUAAUGGAGAUUCAAAAGAAUUGGAAGAAAUCAAGUUUAAGAAAAUGAAUGCUUACCUUGAUCUUUAUAAAUGGAUAUCGGAUUUCAUUUUCGAUAGUUAUACAGUAUUCAAUUGGAGAUUACCUUUUGAUACUUUCCAAAUAUGGUUUGGUAUCAGUGCUGCCAGUUUGAGUACAUAUAAGAUAUAUAGAGAGACCAGAAGAAAGAUGAUUGGCGGGAAGUAG